CCGUUCGGGUUUGAUGCCGGUAAGUUCUACGGGCCAAAGCGUUAGCAGUGUGAACGAAAACAUUGGCGAAUUGCACAACUUCAGAGAGCAAGUGAGAGAGCGCACGAAAAUGCCGUCGCGUAGCGGCAAAUUGCUGCUGCUCUACUUCCACCUAUUAUGCUUGGCUCUCGUGGCGUCCAUAACAAUAGAUGAGCAAUGCAAGCAUGCAAUAGACAGCUGCGAUCGUUGUCUUAGCACACAUCUUAACUGUGCCUGGUGCACGGACAAGACCUAUGAAAUGCGUUCGCGCUGCCUGUCGCGCGAAACUCUGCUCAGCCUGAACUGCAGCGAGGCGAGUAUCUAUGAGAAUCAGCCGCAGCUGGAACUGCUGCAGCAGCGACCGCUCAAGGACUAUGAAGCGCGAGACGAGCAGGCGGUGCAGGUGACGCCGCAGCGCGUAUUUCUCAAAUUGGUUAAAGACAACACGCAGCGCAUCAAGCUGAGCUAUCGAGCGGCAGGCAACAAUCCGCUCGACCUGUACGUGCUGAUGGAUCUCACCUGGACGAUGCGCGACGAUAAGGAUACACUGGAGAAGCUCGGCGCCGAGUUGACCCAAACGCUGCACAGUCUAACGGACAACUAUCGGCUGGGCUUUGGCUCCUUUGCGGACAAGCCGGAGUUGCCGAUGAUAAUGCCGCAGCUGCGGAAGAAUCCGUGUGCCGCCGAGCGGGAAAGCUGUGAGCCCACCUACGACUAUCGGCACCAUCUGAAGCUAACGGAAGAUGUGGAGGCAUUCACGGCGGCUGUGGCGGCUAGUAAGAUAACGGGGAAUCUGGACAAUCUGGAGGGCGGCCUGGAUGCUCUCAUGCAGGUGAUUGUCUGCCCCAAGCAAAUCGGCUGGAAGCAACAGGCCCGCAAAGUCGUCAUCCUGGUCACCGACGGCUUCAUGCACUUCGCUGGCGACGGCCUCUUGGCGGGCGUUACGCAGCGCAACGAUCGCCAGUGCCAUCUGAAUAAAGCGGGCGAGUAUACGGGCUCGCUGACCUAUGACUAUCCGUCGCUGGAGGAGAUCUACCGGGAGCUCUUAAGGCGCAAGAUCAAUGUCAUCUUUGCCGUUACCGAGGAGGUGUUCAGCACGUACAAGGAGCUGAGCGGACUCAUGCAGGAGAUUAGCAAUGUCGAAAUAUUGAGCGCCGAUUCAUCCAAUAUCUUGGAGCUGAUCAAAAAGAGUUAUGAGAGCUUCAUAAAGCGGACGCAGUUUGGAGACAACAGUCCGGACUUUAUAAAAGUGGAAUAUUUCACGGAUUGUGCUGGACAAUUUCCCAGCUUGCGUAAACGCAAUUAUUGCAAUAAUGUGAGCCAAGGCAAGGAAAUAGAGUUUUUUCUAGACGUAACCCUCACGGAUUACCCCGAGAACGGCGUAUUGAAUCACAAAAUUCGCGUGGAGGAGGCAUCGCUGAGCGAGUACAUGGAAAUCGAUGUGGAGCUGCAGCGUCCGUGUCCAUGCGAGGAGCCACCCGAGCCGGAUGAUGAAUACGCACGUUUUCAGUGCGACAAUCAGGGCUACCUGAACUGCGGGAUGUGCAUCUGUGACGAGGGCUGGACGGGCACCUUCUGCAACUGUCCGACGGAUCCGUCGAAUGCGACAACUAACGAGGCGCUGCUCAGGACCUGUCGUCAGCCUCUCGACAAGGAGGGCAACAGCUUGGCCACUGAAGUCUGUUCAAAUCACGGCGACUGUGAGUGCGGCAGCUGCUUUUGUGAUCCCGGCUAUACGGGAAACUUCUGUGAGUGCCUCGAGUGCAUCGAUUGCGAUGAGGAGCGCGCCGAGUGCUACUGUGGUCAGUGUGUCUGUAAAUAUGGCUGGUCGGGCACGCAGUGCAACUGCAAGGAUUCCACGGACGAGUGCACUGGACCGACGGGGGAGAUCUGCUCAGGUCGUGGCAGUUGCGACUGCGGCGUAUGCAGGUGCCGGGAGCCGUACCUGGGCGAGUUCUGUGAGAUCGAUGCCGAGAAGGACAAUAAGCUGUGCCAGUUCUACGAGCCCUGCGUCAUCUGCCUCAUCGCACAGAAGCAACAUAUGGGCUCCUGUGAGAAUGUGAACGAGAUCUGCUUCAGUGCCCAAUACAAUGAGCGCUUUACCCAUCUAUUUGUCAAUGAGCUGGAGGCGGAGACCGUCUGCCUGGUGCGCAUCGUCAACAAGCAUGGCAUUCAGUGCGAUAGCUACUUCAACUAUCAGGUGAUCGAUCAUGCCAACUAUUUGGCCAUACAAGCCAAUGAUUGCGAGCCCGUCAACAUGUACGCUAUGUUCGGCUACAUAGCAGCGUUAACCGUGUUGUUGGGUGCGUUCAUCAUUGGCCUGAUUUGGUGGUGUCUGCGCAUGAAGGACGCCCGGGAGUAUGCACACUUCCUUCAGGAGCAGGAGAACAGUGCCCGUCAGGAGAAUCCCAUCUACAGAGAUCCAAUCAAACGUUACGAAGUGCCCAGAGCUCUGAGCUCUGCAAAUAACACUGACAAUCCAUUUGCCGACUAAUAUAUAACAGUAAACAUUAC